CGCCUCUCUGUUCCAGUGUGUUUACUACACUGCCGAGCAUAAGGGGAGACACUCGUCUUCACAUGCACUGAACCCGCUAACAAAACCAGUUUCUAGUUGUAUCUGUUAGCGAACCUCCAAGAGAUCAACAUGCCCAAGAGAAAGGCACAGGGAACAGAAGGAGGAGAAAAGGAGGAGCCCCAGAGGAGAUCAGCUCGGUUAUCAGCGCCGGCUCCUCCCAAGCCAGAACCAAAGGCCAAGAAGGCGGCAAAGAAAGAAAAGGCGGUGAACGACAAGAAGGAGGACAAGAAGACCAAGAAGGCGAAGGAGAACGCCGAGGCGGAGGCCAACGAGGAGAACCACUCUGAGAACGGCGAUGCCAAGACCAACGAGGUGGAGGACGCCCCCGAGGAGGCCAAGGAGGAGGCCAAGUCCGAGUAGCACCACUGCCCCCCCCCACCCCGCCCUCCCCCAGGUUUCCUCCUCCCCCCCCCCUACAGCCACCUCCCCUCUUCUUCUGCCCCAUCCCUCAAGUCUCUCACAUGGUUUCCCUCCGAGGCGUAUUGUUAACAGAGGAAUAUUUUUAUCAAUGAUUUUAUAAGUAUCCGUACAGAUUUUUAGCACAAAAAAAAAGCGAUGCUGAUUAUGGAGCGCCUUGCAGAUUUGCAGUGGUCAUAUCAAGUGUCUGCGAGCAAGGAAUAAAGAGAAAAAAAACCACACUAAAAUCUUUUUUAAAUGGCAUUUCAUGAUUGUUGAAGGCUUGUUUGGUGUAGAAAGCGCGUCCCUUCGCCGGAUUGGCUACGUCGUGAGUUGUGUGUUACUGUUGUUUAUUUGCCCCCCGUUCUCCCUCCUCCUCCUGCUCUGUCCCACAAAUUAGACCCCCUCCCCACCCCCACCCCCUCCCGACAGAUCAGCCUUUGUCCAUCUUUUAUUAACGGUUCAGCCAUGUUAAUGUGGGUGAUUCUUUUAGACCUCUAAAUGUGCAGUGAGUUGACCCUCUCUCUUUUCUUCUUUUUUUUUUUUGUUUGUUUUUAUGGUCUCGUUUCUUUUCUCUUUUUAUUUCACUUAAAACUGUGUUUUAAACAAACAAACAACAAAAAAAAAAGGUGUGUUUAAGCGUGUUGUCCAUAAGAAAGAGGAAGACGAACAAGUGAAACAUUCCGGGAACAUCGAUUGCCUCCGACCCGUCUCCUAGACGACCCUGCGUGUUAAAUAAGAUAAAUAAAUAAAUAAAAAAACAACAAAAAAAGCAGCUCCUGCUCCAUCCGGGCUGUCGCGUCGGCUUUUCUAAACACUCGGUUUUGGUUGUUUUGGGUAUUCUUUUUUUUUUUUUUUUCGGGUAUUUCUUUUUUGUUUUUCCUUUCAUUUUGUUUUUAUUGAAUUUGGAUUCCUUCUCUAACUAAUGCAGGUGUCUGGUCCCUCUCUUAUGUUCUGAAAUUCUCUUAAUAAAAACAAGUCCUGGAAAUUUUCCUCGAA